AUGGAAAACAAGAGCUGUUCGAAGUGUAAAAGGAGCCUUUUACUAGAUGCAUUCAAGGAGACGAAAACGACAAAAACAUGCAUCAAAUGCCUCGAUGUUAACAAAGCGUCACGGGAACGUACAAAGUGCCCGCAUAAAAAGCAGAGGGCCUUGCGUAAGGAGUGCAAGGGUAGUCAAAUCUGCGCACAUGAAAAAAGGAAAUCCAGGUGCAAGGAGUACAAGGGCCGUCAAAUCUUCCCUCAUGAAAGGCGAAGAUCUCAAUGUAAGGAGUGCAAGGGCAGUCAAAUCUUCCCUCAUGAAAGGCGAAGAUCUCAGUGUAAGGAGUGCAAGGGCAGUCAAAUCUGCCCUCAUGAAAGGCGAAGAUCUCAAUGUAAGGAGUGCAAGGGCUGUGAAAUCUGCCCUCAUGAAAGAAUAAGAUCCUAUUGCAAGGAGUGCAAGGGCAGUCAAAUCUGCACUCAUGUAAGAAUAAGAUCUCAAUGUAAGGAAUGUGGAGGCGGAGGCAUUUGUGAACAUCAAAAAAGGAAAUACAGGUGCAAGAAAUGCAAGAAGGUUAAACAAUAA